AUGAGCUGUCCCGCUGGGGGUUUCUCUCAAGGGAACGGUAUCUGCCCAGCAUCCAGCACAAGCCAGGGCGGACCAAGGGGUUGCGCAUUUAUUGGUUACACUUUAAAUGGGCAACAGACAUUAUAUGGCGCUCCUCAAGGCCCAGAGGCACCUAGUAUAGUAUAUGAGCGAGAGAGGAAAACCAUCGCAGAGCUCCUUCUACCCGAAGCACCGCCCGCGGAGAAAACCAGGCCAAUGGCCAACGCCGACAGCCUUAACCCAUCCGAAUUUGACGUACUCGCUAUGGCACUGGGGGCACCUGCACGUCGUGUCUUGCAGCGCGCCGAGGCUCUUGGUCCUCGUACCGGUUGGCGUGACGGGUAUCUCAGCACCCGCCACGGCUUCUGCCCCUCAGAUCCCAGUGCCGCACCGAUCGCGCUUGCUGCUUCUCCAGGGCGCGUAUGGUCGGAUCUAUGUGCUCGCCUACCAGGACUAGUCAGCCGGGGAAAAUGCCGUGAAGCUAUUUUGGCUCUCCCUCUGAUUCCGGGGGCGCAAGAGGUCAUUCCUGAUGCAGCUCUUUGGGCAGCAGUGGUAUGUCUUGGGAUCCUUGCCAGUACAUGGAGAUACGAAGAAAGGAACGAUGGUCAUGAAGGCCUUAUUAACGGAAUCGCACGCUCACACUUCCUGAAUGUCUCUGGAAACAACGAUGAGGAGCCAGAAACGAAAGAUAUUCCAAAUAUAAUCACUAUUCCAUUGCGACAAAUAUGCACUCGCCUGGGACGACCCUUGCCAUACCUUAGCCAGUCGGACGUGUCCAUUUACAAUUUUAAGUUUCGUGACCAUACUUCCACAACGCCCUAUCUUGAACGUAUUGAAAAUAUGGAUCUUCGUUGGCCUGUUUUCAAUGAUCGAGGAGAGGCAAUGUUCCUCCUCUGUAUGGCGGAUUCUCAUGGCUGUUUCACGCCUGCGGUCGAUCUCAUUGCAACGUGCCAGGAACGUGUUAUGGAACGAGAUAACGAAGGGCUCUUGGAGGCGUUAAUCAAACUCAAAGCUGUCGUCGAUCAAUUGCCUUACGUGUUCCAUAAGAUUAGCGUGAAUCCUGGCUCAGGAGAAAACUUUGCUCAUCCUGUAGAGUGGGGCCAGCGCUAUGCGAAGUGGAGUGCACCCUUGAGCGCUCGGGUCCCGGCUCUUAGCGGACUUUUCUUACCACUGUUCCAGACCAUGGACGCCUUCCUGGGUCGUACAAACUUCACAUCAUUCCUCGGCGUUGAAUCGAUUCACCUUCGGGCAUGGAUGCCUCUCAAUAUCCGUGCUUUCUUGGCCGCUAUCGAACACUCCUACAGCGUUCCAGAAUAUGUCCGAAAAUCCGGAGAUCCACGGUUGAUGGGUGUAAUGGAUGGAAUUGUCGAGGGCUAUGCUGGCGAGCGUGGGUUUAUGGGGACCCGUCGUUAUAAGGUCUAUGGUUUCCUCGAAGUGGUGGCCAAGACGGGCCGGGUCGAGACGAAUGGGAACGCUGGUGCUGCUGAUACCGUUGGACGACCCUGGCAACAAGUACACAGGACGCUGGCCGCUAGCAUGCUCGAACGGCUCGAGCCUUUCCGACGCGGUAUCCCAGUCUCUGAUGGAUCCACCUCUGCCUCGACCAUAUCGAAUAAGCAGGAUAUAGCACCAUGGAUGUCACCUGCGCCCCACGAAUGGCGAGGAACUUACGAAGAAUGUCGAUUCCGGGCUCGUGUAAUCGCUCGAAAUAGCAUCGAUGACGAUGAGGACUGCUCUGCCAGCAAGGUGACUAUCGGCUUGCACAAUUCUGGGCUCAAUUUUGCGCCUGGCGACCGUUUAGCAAUCAUGCCUCUCAAUUCGUGGAAGGUCGUGGAGAAAGUUGUUGGAGCACUUGGCUUGAUAGAUGUACUGGACGAAGUUGUACCUCUGAGUAUUCCUGGGGCCGAGGUUUGGCGUGCUUAUGCAAAGCAUGAAGCCGAGGUCUAUCGUUCUGGAACCAUCGCUCCGCUCACUGUCCGUGACAUCUUGCGCAAGGGGCAGUUGUCUCCUUUGACCAAGUCCAUGGUUCUGGCGCUGCAUGCCAUGUUUCGAACAUCCUCUGUCAUACCCCGGGUCCUGGCGUCUAGCGAGUGGCCGGUCCAGGGUUCACUAGGUGAUUUACUUCUCGCGUCGAUCGACGACGUAGACGAAGAAGUUUGGAACAAGAUCUUCGAUCUCGAUGACUUGAAGUGGCUUCCUGUGUUGGUGCCACUUGAGCUUCCCAUUUCCGCCGCUGCCCCGAUCGCGAUGUUUGCGGGUGGUUCCGGCAUAGCACCUUUCCGUAGCUUCUGGCAAGCUCGAGUUGCGUCCGGUGCCAUCGGUCGUAACGUACUCUUCUUGGGAGUACAGUCCCGGAAAAGGUUUCUAUACAAACGGGAACUAAGGCAACACGUACUAGCCGGGCAAUUAGAACUACAUAUCGCUUUCUCUCGUGAUUCCAACGGCCUUGUUUUCGACCCCGAGCUGCGAGACUUGAUAGAAAAGCGCAUCGAACCUUGUUAUAUCGACUCUAUCAUUGUCGAGCAAGGGAAUUAUGUAUGUGACUUGGUGACUUCCACCAAGUUGGGUGGUCUGGGAGGUUCCCUGUAUAUCUGCGGAAGCCUUUCGUUGUACGAAACGGUUAUGUCCGGCCUCCGCCAGGCAUUAUACAAGUUCAUGCUUGACGUUUUCAUGACCCCAAGAACCAUAUCUAAUAACGAGCCAGUAAUUCCUCUGACAACCCUUGCACGACACACUGGUCAUCGGGAUGGUAGAAUGUGGAUCGGCGUACACGGCGCUGGUUUGGAUGCAUCAGUUACAUUCGAUGAAGUCGCACACACUAGUAAUCCUGAGGUCAUGAGCUUGCUGGGGAAGUACUUUAUUGGUCGUCUCCAGCCCAUGCCCACUUUCCGGUUGAGCGAUAUCAAUGCCUUGAGAUCUGGAUGGGUCGAGUACCAUAGUACAUGCGUUGAGGGAUUAACUACAAUGUCGUUCGAGACACAUAGCAUUCUACAAGAUUCUCGUAUCUGGUUUCAAGGUGGCCUUUUGAAUAUUGGUGGCGUUCGGAAGUUCUACCAAUUUCAAUCACGUUUGAUUCAAAACGGGUUUCCAAAUCUGUUUGGCACAAAAAUUCACGAGCUAUACUUCAAAUUGACCUUUGUGCUGGCAUCAGGAUCAGACGAAGGAAAUCUGCCUGACCUCAUGGGUGCAAUAACCCGUGCUCAUUCGUCACCCGCAUCGAUUGCUGCCCGUAAAACUAUAGCGGAAAUAGGAGGGUUUGUAGGGAACAGUGCUAGUGCUCAAGCAUUUGAAAACGGGAUCAUUGCAUAUGCGCACGCAGCUAUCGAACUUGAUCUUCAGCUCCUAGAGCGUGUACGCGACGAGAUAUGCGCUGGUCUUGAUACAUUCGAUCGGGUUGCGGAAGUCAUAAAAUCCUAUCCUGGAAAGGAAAAACAGGGUUUAUGCAAGAUUUCUUCCGUUCUUAUGCAGUAUCUGGAGCGCAUUGCGGAGCGACUGGAGUCAUACUACACCGAUCAUGCCGCAUUAAAUCUUUACAAUCCCAGCCGAGAGGCGAAUCCAGCUAGAGCCCGCUGGAGUAUCCUUCGCCAACGCAUACAUGACGGUUCUUUCUUUGUCCUUACCCACCAGAUCAAGUUAACAGACGACCUUGGGGAUUUCUACACAGUCCGAUCUCGCACAACACGGAAUAGACGCGAAACCGUCAACUUUGACCAGGUUCUCUCCCAGGCCGUAUCUUCUAUCGCAACUUCAGAGAGGCGACAACAGGUACAACUUGAAAAACACCGACCCGAAGGUCAGAGGGAAGGACUCGCUGUCGCACAUACACAACGGGCGGGAGUCGUUAAUUCCUCUACCUACGAAGAGCAAUCUGUUUACUUUGCCAGUAAACGAAUGUCCAAAUUUAUGCAGUCACGGUUGAAGGAUAUCAGACGCCUGAGUCCUGCCGGGACAAACUUUAGCCUCGAACACGCUUUGGCUGCAUACGGUCCGACCUCAGAUCAUCCCCCCAAAUCACGAUUUACGGAUACUGAGAGUGAUUCCGGGUCAUCUGUGUAUGCUCGACCUAAACCCCAACCGGUACAGUCUCGAGAUGUGCAAAAGAUGAGGUCCGCGUCACGGCUACGUUCCGAGCCAUCUCCUUCUCCACCUCCUAACAAACCUUUACCCUAA